CAUUGUCUAAUCCCCCUCAUGAUCACCAUUCCAAAUCAUCCACCUCUUCCUUCCCAUCCCAAGUCCCAACACAUCAAUUCCAUAUCCAUUACUCAAUUCUCUAAGCCCAUAAGUAACCAAACAACCAAAGAACCUCCACCUCCACCAAUGGCCUCCACCCUCCUCCUCCUCACCAUCUUCAUCUCCAUCUUCAUCUCCAUCUCCAAAGCUUCAUCAUCCCCAUUCCCACCAGAAGCUCUCCCAACCAAAUCCGGCUACCUCUCCAUCAACUCCACCUCCAACUCCUCCCUCUUCUACACCUUCUACGAAGCUCAACACCCUUCCACUUCCACUUCCACCCCAACUCCUCUCCUAAUCUGGCUCCAAGGCGGCCCCGGCUGCUCCUCCAUGUUCGCCAAUUUCUUCGAGCUCGGCCCUUUCCUCAUCUCCUCCACCUCCCCCACUCUCCACCCCAACCCUUUCACCUGGAACCGCUUCUUCUCCCUCCUUUUCAUCGACAACCCUAUCGCCACCGGCUUCAGCAUUGCCGCCUCCUUCUCCGACAUCCCCAAAGACCAACCCACCGUCGCCGCCCAUCUCUACACCGCUCUCCAACUCUUCUUCUCCCAAAACCCUCCUCUCCGUUCCCGCCCUCUUUUCCUCACCGGCGAGAGCUACGCCGGCAAGUACAUCCCCUCCUUCGCCUACCACAUUCUCCAACGCAACUCCGGUGCGCCACCGAGUCAAAUGAUCAACCUCCACGGCGUCGCCAUCGGCAACGGAUUAACUCAUCCUGUUGCUCAAAUCACCACCCACGCCGACACCGCCUACUUCACCGGCUUCGUCAAUGCCAAACAAAGACAACACAUGGAAUCACUGCAGAGGAAAACAGUGAAGCUCGUCGAGGAAGAGCAAUGGGUAGAAGCCACAAAUGCUAGAAUUAGAGUUCUUGAUUACUUGCAGAACGUGACCGGGCUGGCCACGUUGUAUGAUUACAGUAAGAAGAAGCCGUACCAAUCGGAGAUGGUGACGGUGCUGUUGAACAUGGAGGAGGUGAAGGUGGCGCUGGGAGUGGAAAAAGGAGUGGUUUGGGAGGAGUGUAGUGAUGUGGUAGGGAGUGCAUUGGAGGAGGAUGUGAUGAAGAGUGUGAAGGAGAUGGUGGAGGAGGUAGUGAAGAAGAAGAGUAGAGUGUUGUUGUAUUAUGGGAUGAAUGAUUUGAGGGAUGGGGUGGUGACAGGGGAGGAGUGGGUGAAGGAGAUGGAGUGGGAGGGGUUGGAAGAGUUCUUGAAUGCGGAGAGGAAGGUUUGGGAGGUGGAUGGGGAGAUGGCUGGGUAUGUGCAGAGGUGGGGGAGUUUGAGCCUUGUGGUGGUGGCCGGAGCUGGGCAUAUGGUGCCGACGGACAAGGGACGGAAUGCGCAGGUAAUGAUUGAAGAUUGGGUGUUGGAGAGUGGACUGUUUGGUAGGGAUGAUGGUAUUGGUGAGAACCAUGCUCGGCUGAGAGCUUGUUAGAUGAUGCAGUCAUGCUUAGCAGAAUCUUGAAUAAAAAAAGUACUCUCUACUUAAAAUAUAAAAUGUGUUUUGCCAACAAUUUUUCUUAAAUGCAUCUAAGACCAGUUUGAUCCAAUUUUUCUUGCUGUAUAUUAUGGUGGGCAGUCUCAUUUGUAAGAU